AAUACGUACAUAUCAUCUCUCUCUCUCUCUCUCUCUCUCUCUCUCUCUCUCACAACACUCGUUUUUUUAAUCUCUCUCUCUCUCUCUGCAAUAAAAACCCUAAUUUGCACUGUCUUUACCUUUUUUCUCUCAUUUGUGCUUCGUUUUUUCCACACUGAAUCUGAGAGCUGUAGCGUUCAUGGCGACGGCGGCUGAAGGAGGUGCAGGGGGCAAGUUCCGUAAGAGGCCUUCCCGGCGUACCCAUACGACGCCGUAUGACCGACCCCCAACCGCUCUCCGCCCCAUCGGCAACGGUAGUUGGAUUUCGAAGCUUGUUGAUCCCGCCUCCAAACUCAUCACUUCCGGCGCUAAUCGCCUAUUCUCCUCCGUCUUCCGCAAGCGCCUUCCUGCGCCUCCCCUUGCUCUUCCUCCCGCCCAAGAGACAAACCAGGAUUCAAGGGACAACCGGCAGGAGGCAAUUACAACUGUACAAGAAGCAGCCAUUAUUGAAUAUAGCAAUGCAAGUAAAAGUUCUGAUGGUGGCAGCUUUGCUGAGCUUGAGCAAAUUUUAAAGCUGAAAACCUUUACUAGAUCUGAGAUUGAUCAUCUAACAGAACUCUUGCGUGCAAGAACCCAAGAUUUACCUGUUGGGGAGUCGGAGAAAAGGCCUGAAGCCAAUUGUUCAAAUCUCGUAGCUGAUCAUGACAGACAGCAGAAUUUUGCACAUAAUCCAGUGCAUGAAAAUGGGAUUCAGAGCCAUAAAUUUUUUGGAGCUACUUCAACACCUGUUGUCAGUCCAAGAGUUUCCGAAGAGGAUGUUGCUUCGCCUGCAGAGCUUGCAAAAGCUUACAUGGGCAGUAGGCCUUCAAAAGUUUCACCCUCAAUGUUGGGUUUCCGCAGUCAAGCAUUCAAGGAAGAGGGAACUUUGCCAAGUAAUCCAGUAUUUACUCCAAAGCCAUCCAUUACGUCACUUGUACAAAGAUCCUCACUCUGCAAUGGGAUUCCCGAUAACAGUUUUAGGACUCUUCGAUCUCGAGGCAGAUCUGCAAUAUACAGUAUGGCUCGUACACCAUAUUCCAGAGCUCCUCCGAUUGUGGCUCAGAAGGGUACUGGAUCCACAAUUGAUGGUUACGGAGGACCCUCAUCAUCAUCUCGGAGUACCUGGGACCAGAAUGGAAUUCUAGAGUCUAAGCAAGUGGCUCUAAAGCGGAGAAGUUCAGUUUUAGAUGAAGAUGUUGGGUCUGUUGGUCCCAUCCGUAGAAUUCGUCAGAAACCUAAUCUAUUGUCUGCUAAAGGUUUGAGCUUACCAUCUUCAGGCACUCCUCUUUCUCGUCGAGGAACAGGUGCUGGUUCUGAUGCCACUCAACUAUCGGUGUCUGUGGCACCAAAGUCACUCAUAGUGGAUGAAUCCAAGCAUAAAACUUCAAAAGUUCUGGCAGAAUAUGGUGAUAACAGCGUUCCUGGUACAAAUUUUUCAUCUGUUCCUUCUCAGUCCAGUGAGACGGCUGCGAAAAUAUUGCAGCAUCUUGAUAAGUUGGUCUCUCCUUUGAAGGAGAAAUUGCCAGAGCUGAAGCAAGCUGCUGCAAGGGAGAAAUCUCCAGCUAAGUUAACCACAGCUAUGUUGCACGGACAGGCUCUGAGAAGCCUGGAGAAUGUAGAGACACCGAAGUUUCUGCAGAAUAUUCAAGAUGACAACAGGAAAUCUGAUAGUCACAUUGCCUCUUUGCCUUAUGUUCGUGAUUUUACUUCGCAAAAGCAAGACAAAGUUGAAUCAAAUGGUCCAAUGAAGACUGUAGCAUCUCGAGAUAGGGUGGCUCCUGUGAUGCAAGAUUUAGAUACGACAUUUUCAAUUGAAGAUACUGUGCCUAUUCAAACUGCAGAUUCUGCUACUAUGAAAUUUAUUGCUGAUCCAUCAAAAAAGAAACGGUCUUUCCAGAUGAGUGCGCAUGAGGAUUAUCUGGACUUGGAUGAUGAUGAUGGCUAUGGUGCUGCAUCUGUUCAGUUAGCUGAAGGGAAAGAAAAAAUGGAUUCUAAUGUGGUGGAAAACAAAGUUGCAGCUGAAGCUGUUGAAGUUGAGAAGCCUUCAGCUUUUUCUGAAGUUAAGCUUCCUACAAAUUCUGUAUCGAAUAGAAGAACUGAUCUAGAAACUUCUGAUGUGCCUGUGGUUGCUGAAAAGAAUACUGGGUUUACCUUUGCUUUGACUACUGCGCCCAGUGCAACUGUCCAGUCAACUUUUCUCACUCCAAAAUCAACCUCAACAGUUGAUCCUCCUGUUCCUCCAAAGGAAUUAAAUGUCGUUCCUUUGUUGUUUGGCAAUGGCUCUAAAAAUGUCGAUAAAAUCUCACCAUUUACAUUUUCUGCCUCUUCUGUCAAUGAAUCUUCAGGCUUGAAAUCUGGUGCAUGCUCAAAUCCAAGUAUAGAAAGCUCAAGCAGCUUUGCCAGUGGUGCCAUCGGUGCUGUUCCCCCAAAACCUGAAUCUGAUAAAGGUGAGGGUAAGAGAUUGCAGAAAGAUGUUGAAUUAUUUAGAAAGCCAGAUCCUGCACCUUUGUUUGUGGCAUCAACGUCAUCCCCUCCGCUUGCUGUGUCAACAGCAACAGCAACAUCAACGUCAACGUCAACAUCAACAUCAAACAGAGGCAUUUUUUCCUUUGGUGUUAAUGCCGUCAAUCCAAGUUUAAAUAAUGGGUCUCUUUCUUCAAGUCCUUCCAUAUUUUCUUCUCAAACUCUAUCUCUAGGUUCAAAUGGUUCUCCAAGCCAGAUUUUCUCUAGUAGCACUCCAUUUACUGCUGUAUCCACUGGCACAACAGCCAUUGCUACCAGUGUUGCACCAUCUGCCAUUGAUGCCUCCAGUAGCGCCCUCUCUACAUCAUCUGCUGCUCCUUCAUUUCCAUCAGCGCCCAUCUUCAAUUUUGGACCUUCUGUGGCUCCAGCUCUGGUUUCACCUGUACUGGCCGCUUCUGGGGGAGAAACUGCGGGUGAAACCAAGAAAACGCAGGAAACCACUACUUUUGGGGGCACAUCUACAAUUUCAAGCACAGGAAGCAGCGCAUUUGGAUUUGGUGCUUCCGUCCCCUCAUCAACUGCUAAGAACCAACCUCAGGGUUCUACUCUUUUUGGCAUUGGCAGUGGAUCUUUGGCUACUUCUCAGGUAUCUUCUUCUGGAACUGGGGUAGCAUCAUUUUCUCAGAGCACACCCAUUCAGUUUGGUUCAUCUGCACCAUCUCCAAUAUUUGGGUCAACUGGGCCUGCACCAUUUAGUUCUAGCAGUUCUUUGUUUGGUUCUACUGCUGCUACUAGCUUUGGGUCGAGCUCUUUAGCAUCUGCUUCAGAACCCAACUCCAUUGGUUCUGGUAGUGGUACUGGUUCUGGCGUAUUUGGUUCUAGUUGGCAAUCCAACAAAUCCCCCAUCUUUGGCUCCACGUUUAAUUCAACAUCUUCAACUGAGUUUUCCUUUGGAUCCUCAGCUUCUGUUCCUGUUUCCAGCAGUGCAUCAAUGUUUUUUGGUUCAUCAACAGGUUCCUCCUCAGGUUCAUUAUUCUCAUUUACUUCAGCUGCUGCCACCGCUGCUUCAUCAUCUCUCUCCCCAUCUCAACCUGUGUUUGGUAACAGUAAUUCUGUCUUUGCAUUUGGUUUGGCUCCCUCUGUCAACAAUGAUCAGAUGAAUACGGAAGACAGCAUGGCCGAGGACAACGUACAGGUAUCCACACCAGCAGUUCCAGCAUUUGGUCAACCACCUGUGUCCCCCCCAUCUGGCUUUGUGUUCGGUUCAUCAGCAGCUCCUUCUGCAGCACCUAGUCCCUUCCAAUUUGGUGGCCAACAGAAUCAAUCCACUCCUCCAAACCCAUCUCCUUUUCAAGCAUCUGGCAGCCUGGAUUUUAAUGCUGGCGGGAGCUUCUCAUUAGGCACUGGUGGUGGCACAGACAAGUCUAGCAGGAAGAUGAUUAGAGUGAAACACAAGCAGCGAAGGAAGUGAAAAGAAAAAAGGCAUCAAGUAUCGCGUUGAUUCGUUUCCUCUGGUGAAGGAAGUGAAAAAAGGGAAAGGCAUCAAGUAUCACGUUGAUUUCUUUCCUCUGGUGGAGGAUCGCAUACAUGGGAUGGAUGUGCAAAUUUUUUUUUACGGUGAGAGAUUCAUGGCGGAAAUUUGCUGUUUCUCUUUGUCAGUUUGAAUUUCUUGGUACUGGCAAAGGUAAAUCAGCCUCUUUAGGCUGUGCAAAUCUGGUCUUUUGUUUAGUCCUUCACAAAUUUUUUUUUUUCAGCAAAAAAUCAGUCUUGUUGAAUUGCAGGCAUAAAAUGUCACAAUUUUGAAUGUCUUUGUAGUGAAUUCAAGAACAUUUGCACUGAGUAGUUGUAUUACUAGUGCAUGGGGCAUUGGGUGUUGGGCACUUCUGCCCUCUAAACCUGUCUUUGUGUACUCCUUUGUGUAACAUAGUAAAGAAUGGGUAUGAUGAUUUGUUUAAGGAAA